UUGAGGUCCAACAGCUCUGCGCCGUAGAUUGUGGAUGUCAAUCCACACAUGCCUCGACAUGGCUCUGCCGAAACGAGAUCACAGCUCCACCACAGUUGGCAGUUGGAACGACAACUCAAGGAGCCAUGUACCCAUUCGAGACCUGCGCCGAAGAUGCCGAGGUUCCGGUACCACUCGUCUGGUCUUUGCCCAGAUAAGCCCGCUUAGUCAAAAGGCUGCAUUCCGAUCGGUCGGACGCAAGCGGCGGUUCAUCUCAAACCACAAAAGAGCCACUGAUCCUAAAUAAUACCUGGGGAGACUGCCGACCAUUGAGCAAACCAAAGCUAUGUGGCUUUGUAACUCUGUCACUCUCACCACACCACCGGCCCUCGGACUGACUGAUGAUACCCGAUCAUCAGGGAACACAAGAAGCCUCGAUAACAUCCACAAGUCCGGAAGAACCUUGUCUAUCGUCAGUAAUACAAUAGUCCAGAAACAACCCCUCCCCCUGAAUAUCGUACCCACACUCACAGGCAUCCGGAUCCUUCGCCGACUACCGCAAUGUCUUAGCCCCUCCUCCCCCUCGAUGUCCCUCGUUGCCCCUCGACGCGACAUCCGCGGAGUAGCAAAGGGCGCCACUUGAAUCAUAGAAGACCAUCUUUCACCCGUCUCACCUAACACACACACACACACACACACACACACACACACACACACACAAACAUUCUCCCAUCUUCAUUCUCCCACUCACCUGGCACCGUCACCGUCACCAUGUCAGAUCAUACACAGCUAGACAGUUCAGGCCCCGAGGACGACUCACACUCGCCCUUCCACGGCCGCCGCUGGGCAGACGACGAGACGACACGUCGAAUCUCAUCCUUCCUCGCCGUCGCCGCCUCCGCCCUCGAGACCGAGACGGCCGACCUUGCAACCCUCCACAGCGCCGCCGUCGAGGCCGACGAGAUCCUCCGCCAGAUCAACCCCAACGGAGGAAACCGUCCGUCAGACGGCAGCGACCCGGGCCCAUUCACGGCCUUCAUCCCGGACAUCGAGGCCCGCCACGCCCGGCUUCGUGACCUCAUCGCCCACCUCUCGCGCCCGCACCUCAGACCCUUGAGACUCACCUCCCUCCCGCCCGAGAUCCUCGCCAUCGUCGUCGCUCACUGCGAAGGCGGUGCCGGCCGCCAAGAUGAAGACGACGACGGCGACGACGACAGCAACAAAAACAACAACAACAACAACAACAACAAUAACCCAGACGCUGCCGCCGCGAUCCGCAGCCUCCGCCUCACAAACCGCGCCCUCGCCUCCCUCGCGGCACCGCAUCUCAUCCGCACCCUCGACGUCUCCCUAACCCCCUCCUCCCUCGCCAGGCUCGACGCCAUCUCGCACCACCCGACAAUCAGCACCGGCGUCCUCCGCCUCCGCGUCAGCCUCGCCUCCCACCCGCCCCGGCUCGCCGCCGACCUCGCUUCCUUCGUCCGCUCCGCCUUCCGCCGCCUCUCGCGCGAAGCCAAGCGCGGCGACCGCGCCCGCCGCGUCGCCAAGCCGGAUGCCGACAAGCACGCCGCCCGCACGCGGGAGUGGAUCCGCAACGGCGCCGGAUCCGACUUCCUCGUCCGCGCCUUCGCCGAGUUCGCCUGCCGCCGCGACGCCCACGAGGCCGUCCGCGCCGCGCGCUUCGGCUGUCGCGUCGCCGACGCCGUGGCGCGCAUGCGCAACGUGAGGGCCGUCCGCAUCGACGAUGAGGCCGCCCGGCCCCCGUGGCACGAGAAGUACCCCCCGCGCAGCGAGGACGACCCCCUCGUCGACGAGGAGGCGCUGCUGGAGCUCGUGACGCUACCGAUGCGAUGGGAGGCUGCCGCCGCGUGGGAGGCCGCCGACAAGAGCGACCACCCCGUCGAGGUCCUCCGCGACCUCCUGGUCGCCCUUGGCAAGCAGGAGGUACCACUUACGCGGCUCGACGUGAAGCUGACGCCGCCGGCGCGGUACGACGGGCUGUCCUGCACCGAGGCCGAGCGCGUGGACAUCCAGCGCGCCGUCCAUGGGCUCCGCUCCGUCGACUUCGAGGUAAAACCCUCGCGCGACGUCCGCGACGAGUUCGACCCGCCCGCCUGGCCGCCGCGCGGACCCGGGGAGCUCGCGGCCCUCGGCGGCUUCAUGAGCGCCGCGCUCGCGUCGCCGGCUCUCGAGGUCGCGAACCUCGACUUCGGGGCGCUGCGGCGCGAGAACCAGGACCUCUGGGCCCUCGAUGCGCUCCUCCGGUCCGCGUCGGAGGGGUGGCCGCGCCUCCGGCGGCUGACGCUGCACCACCCCUGCCUCCGCGCGUCUGACCUCAAGACCCUCGUCGUCGGCAGCGAGCGGCUGGCCUGGCUCAGCAUCGAGGCGCCGCACCUGAGCGAAGGGUCCUGGGCUGAGGUCUUGGAGAUGCUGCGCGGCAGGACGGAUCCGCGGGGAUGGGAGCGGGGCGAGACGCCGAUGAAGGUGGGCGCCUUGACGACGCCGACGGGCGGCGAGGCCGAGGACAUGUCGUUCGCGCAGUACGACGCCGUCUUUUCGGAGCCUAGGGGAUGGACCGCGUAUGUGGAGGAGGGGGAAGAGGAGGCGGCGAUGGGCGAGCGCCGGCGGCUGAGCGCGGCGAUGCGGUAUGUGUUGCAUUUGCAGGCCGAGAAUCCGGUGUACGUGACGCAAUGA